AUGGAUGCCUUUUUCUAUAUCAGAAACUUGAAGCUCCAAGUUGAAGCAAUCCAGAAAGAGUACCAAAACCUUAUAAAUCAUAUCCAGGAAGUGAAAGUGGAGAAGAUUGGGAUGGGAUAUUUACUGGUGAGGAUAACAUGCAAGAAAGGCGAAAAAUUGUUGGUCUCGAUACUUGAGGCGUUUGAGGAGAUGAACGUAGUCGUCUUGCAAGCGAAGCUCACGAGCAAGCACUUUUUCGGUAUGGAGGCUAUCGUCAAAGCUGAUCAAGUCGAUGAAUCGAUCUUGAAUCAGGCCAUUCUCAAGGUUAUCCAAAUGCAUAUGGAUAACUAA